AUGGGUAGGUCAGUCGUAUUCUGCGUGUUUUUGGCACUCCUAGUUCCAUAUGUCCUCGCUGGCCCCACCAAUACAGUUGGCGGUACUAAUACCGUUGGCGGCACGAACACCGUUGGCGGCACGAACACCGUUGGCGGCACAAACACCGUUGGUGGCACAAAAACCGUCGGCGGCACAAACACCGUUGGUGGCACAAACACCGUCGGCGGCACAAACACCGUUGGUGGCACGAACACCGUUGGCGGCACGAACACCGUUGGCGGCACGAACACCGUUGGCGGCACGAACACCGUUGGCGGCACAAACACCGUUGGCGGCACGAACACCGUUGGCGGCACGAACACCGUUGGCGGCACGAACACCGUUGGCGGCACGAACACCGUUGGCGGCACGAACACCGAGGGUUCGCAAUAUGGCAACUGCCCGCCGUUCAAGUGUACUCCCGGGUCCCACUAUAACGGAACCUUCACGGACUCUGAUAGCGAGGAUAUUUCGUACGAGUGGCUGUUCUCCAAGCCGCUGAUGAAGAACGAUCCCGAGUCGCCGGAAUGGGAUGUCGCCCUCGAGACGCCGUUCUUCGAUUGCUGGAAGAUUUGCAAGAUGGCAAAAGUCGAUAUCCCGCAGAUCAAGUACUGGCAGUACGAGGAGACCUGCGACGUGGGAGGCGUGUGCUCGUGCUUCGACGAGGGUGUCUGCACGCAGAACCAUUUCAACCCUGACAACACGAUGAACUUUUUCUUUGAUUCCACAAACGAUUACCAGCCUCCUUCCACCUUCUACGUCGGAAAGGUCUGCGACGGUAACGUUACCGGCGAUCCCCAUUUCGUUGGUGCCGACAAGUCGCGGUUCGACUUCAGCGGCCAGCCCGGCGAGAACUUCGCUCUGAUCUCCGACGCGCAUAUCGCUGUGAACGCGUAUUUCGGCGGGCGCGUCGAGAAGGAGUGGAUGGGCCAGAAGAACAAGGUGAUGACGUGGAUGCGUAACAUCGCGGUUCUCUGGGGUCACCACUCCGUCGUCUUCGAGGCUCGGCCUGGACCUGAUGCUGAGUACGGUGCGGGUUACCUCAAGGCGAUCUACGUCGAUGGCGAGAAAACGAGCCUGUCGUUCCCUGGCGAGAAAAUGUACCUGUUCGAUGGUUCGGUUGAGCUCAAGUGGGUGGACGCGAGGAAGAAGGUUGGCGACGAUCUGGUCGACAUUUACGAGAUUUCGGUUGCCGAAAUCAUCACCCUGCGACUGAUUUUGAGGCCUGAGAUCAAGCUGAUGAGGACCAAAGACGACGGGCUUGUGCACUUCACAGUCGAGGUCGUCAGCGCGCAGCUCUCCGCCAACGUGCACGGAGUUCUUGGGCAAACCUACCGCCCGGAUUUCGCCGGCCGACUUGAGAAGCAGACUCUUGUCUGGAGCAAACUCCUUAAGGCGUACGUGGUUCCGGGUGACAAUGCCGAGGGCUUCAUUGAUGGCACAUGGGAGGAUUACAAGACGUCAGAGCUCAUGCGGUCCGACUGCAACUACUGCCGUUUCGUACGCGGUACAGCGAUGGACGACGAAACCGCUAGCGCCGUCGCCAUGGCGACGUCCGUCAGCUCGUCAUACAGUGCUCUCGGCAGGAAGGGCAUGAUUGACGCCCUGUAA